AUGGACACUUGGCGGGUUCUGCCACUCUUCCUCCUCCUGGCCUCCCGAGCAGGGGUCUCCGCCCUCAGAGGCUCCUCUGGACCUCGGCACACCAAUUUCUCCUCCACCUUCUCUUCAGCCUCAGAAAGCUCUUCCCAGGGGCUGGGUUCGGAAGGUCCCUCCAUCGAACCUCCCAACCCGGAGUUUCUGGAUCAGUCUUCCAGUUCAAAAGCCUCUGCUGGAAUCUCUGAUUCCGACUGGUUUCCCGAGGCCCUGGAUUCCAGCAAUGCGUCUGGGGCCUUCUGGUCAAACGUUUAUGCUGAGGGUCAAGAUUUGAGCCCGGAUGCCAUUCCUGGCUCCGAAGCACUUCCUGACACUUCGGACCCUCGAGCUCCUGCCAAAGGCCCCAAGCCGCCUUUCCCUGCUAAGACCCCGGCUUCAAACGCCUCUGCUGCGGCUUCCGGCACCAAAGUGCCUGUUGAGGCCCCGGGUUCGAAAGACCUCGCACUCCUUGACCACAGAGUCCCCGCAGAGACCCACCCAGCGGAGAGCUUCCCCCGGCAGGUGGGGGGGCCUCUUGCAGUGCUGGUGGGGACCCCCAUCUGGCUCCCGCUGGUCCCAGCCCCCAGCCCUGGCCCGCCUGCCCCUCUGGUGGUCUGGCGCCGGGGCUCCAAGGUGCUGGCAGCCGGGGGCCUGGGGCCAGGGGCUCCUCUGAUCAGCCUGGACCCGGCUCACCGGGACCGCCUGCGAUUUGACCAGGCCGGCGGGGGGCUGGAGCUUGCCUCUGCCCGGCUGGAUGAUGCGGGGGUCUACACGGCUGAGGUCAUCAGGGCAGGGGUCUCCCAGCAGACUCGGGAGUUCACGGUGGGCGUGUAUGAGCCCCUGCCCCAGCUGUCGGUGCAGCCCGCGGCCCCGGAGACAGAGGAGGGGGCGGCCGAGCUGCGGCUGCGCUGCGUGGGGUGGGAGCCGAGUCGCGGGGUGCUGAGCUGGAGCCAGGACGGACGCGCCCUGGAGGCGGCGGCCCCCCACGGAGCUGAGCCUCGGAUCCGCGCAGAGGGCGACCAGCUGCUCAUCUCGCGGCCCGUGCGCGCCGACCACGCGCGGUACACUUGCCGCGUCCGCAGCCCCUUCGGCCGCGCGGAGGCUGCGGCGGACGUCAGCGUGUUCUAUGGCCCGGACCCGCCGGUCAUCACGGCCUCCUCGGACCGCGACGCCACCCCUGCGCUCUAUGUCACCGCGGGCAGCAACGUGACCUUGCGCUGCACAGCCGCCUCGCGGCCGCCCGCCGACAUCGCGUGGAGCCUGGCGGACCCGGCUGAGGCCGCGGUGCCCGCGGGGCCGCGGCUGCUGCUGCCCGCGGUCGGGCCGGGCCACGCGGGCGCCUACGCCUGCCUCGCCGCGAACCCGCGCACCGGCCGCCGCCGCCGCUCUCUGCUCAACCUCACCGUGGCCGAUCUGCCCCCGGGGGCCCCGCAGUGCUCCGUGGAAGGGGGGCCCGGGGACCGCAGCCUCCACUUCCGCUGCGCGUGGCCCGGCGGGGUCCCCGCCGCCUCCCUACAGUUCCAGGGUCUCCCCGAAGGCGUCCGCGCGGGGCCCGUGCCCUCCGCGCUCCUGGCCGCCGUCCCCGCCCACCCCCGCCUCAGCGGCGUCCCCGUCACCUGCCUUGCUCGCCACCUGGUGGCCACGCGCACCUGCACCGUCACCCCAGACGCCCCUCGGGAGGUGCUGCUACAUCCGCUGGUGGAGCAUGCAGAGUCGGGGCAGGCAGAGGUGGCGCUGGAGGUCUCUGGUUGUCCCCCACCCUCACGAGCGUCCUGGGCCCGGGAAGGGCGGCCGCUGGCUCCAGCGGGUGGGAGUCGCCUGCGGCUCGGCCAAGACGGGCGGAAGCUCCUCUUCGGCAACUUCAGCCUGGAUUGGGACCUGGGAAACUACUCGGUGCUGUGCAGUGGGGCGCUGGGUGCUGCGGGGGACCAGAUCACCCUCCGUGGACCUUCCGUCUCCUCGUGGAGGCUUCAAAGAGCGCGGGACGCAGCAGUGCUGACUUGGGAUGUGGAGCGAGGGGCCCUCGUCAGCGGCUUUGAGAUCCAAGCACGGCCAGCGGGGCCUGGCCCGGGCAGAACUCCUGCCUACAGGGGCUGGGUCUCCCUGCUCAUCCUGGGGCCUCGGGAGCGGUCGGCUGUGGUGCCUCUUCGAGCGCGGGACCCUGGGUCCUGGGCCUUGCGGAUCCUGCCCACGCUGGGUGGCCAGCCGGGGACUCCGUCGCAAAGCCGCGUCUACCGUGCUGGCCCCGCCCUGGGCCCGGGCGCCAUCGCUGGCAUCGUCCUGGGCUCCCUGCUGGGCCUGGCGCUGCUGGCCGCGCUCCUCCUCCUGUGCGUCUGCUGCCUGUGCCGCUUUCGGGGAAAGACUCCUAAGAAGACGAAGCAUCCCCCCACUUUGGCCCCCAGGGUCGCCCCACCAGAAAAGGAACAGCAGAGUGUGACCCCAGGGCAGACCUGCUGGCCUCUGGGCCUCCCAGUCCCGCUGGAGGACCCUGGCCCAGCCCCGGCCAGCCGAGGGCGCGCCGCGGGCCCCAGCCCCGCCGUCUCUUCGGCUGUGGGCACGAAAGCUGUUCGGGCAGCCACGCAGGUGUGACCGGAGCGGGGUCCGACCCCGACGCGGCGUUGUAGGGCAGAGCUUCCUGUUUUGCCCCAGCAGAAGGCCAGGCCCGCUGCGACUGAGGGCUGGACCCUGCAAAUGGCACUUCCUGUCUCCCUGCGUGCCGCUGGAGACUUCCCCGCGUCUGCGCGACUGAGGAGAGGCGACUUGGGCGCGGGAGCCCCUGCCGGUCUCACGGUGUGGCCGGCGCGGCCGAGGUUGCGCGGCUCCGAGCCGGACAGGGGCCUGGCCACGUUCUCUGCGAAGGUCCCCCACGUCCGCUUUGCCUCCUCCAGGCCACUCCGCAUCCAGCUCCCAGCUUCUCCACCUCAAAACGGACCCUCUUCCCUUUAAACCCUUCCGGCUGUGCAUUGCCCUUCGCAUACCGAGCCA